AAAAUGAGUAUAGAUUCUUGUUACGAAGGUAUAAUUGAAAAGUUAACUUUACAAGGCAAAGUAAAAGAAAUAUCGGAGAAACUAUUAACUUGUAAAACAAAUGCAGAAAGAGUAUUGCAGGUUUAUGACGUUAUUAGUGACUUAAAUGCCUUCCCAGAACCACUUGAAGUAAGUAAGUCAACUGAUUUGUCUUUAUACUACCGUAACCGUGGCAACGAGUGUUUCAAGAAAGCUCAGGACUUUGAGGCCUGGCAAUACUACAACUUGUCCUUGCUCCAUGCUCCUACAAGCUCAAAUGAUUAUGCAUUGGCUUUGUCAAACAGAUCAGCUGUGUUUUUCUCUUUAAAAAAAUAUAAGGAAUGCCUAAAAGAUAUUAAAAUGGUACUAACUUUAAAUUACCCAGAAAAGUUACAUGAGAAACUUGUUAAAAGACAAAAGUCUUGUGAAGAGUGCCUUAAAUUAGAUUUGAAUAACUUGAAAAGUAGAUUUUCUGAAAGGUCUAAUGAAAUUUAUGAAAUAACAAAAUUGAAAAGUCCUAGAGACAACACCUAUUUGUGCGCUAGUAACAAACUCCAAGUGGCAUACAAUUCAGAGAUGGGGAGGCAUGUAAUUGCCAAGGAGGAUAUAAAAGUUGGGGAAGUAUUAGUUGAAGAAAAUCCUUAUUUCAUCUUAUUGCAAAAAAAUGAAUAUUUAUUCAGCUGCAGCUAUUGUUCAUCAAGAGACAUGAAUCUCAUUCCUUGUGAUAAUUGUUGUUUUACUUUAUUCUGUAGCAAAGAAUGUAAGAAUAAAGCAGAAAAGGACUAUCACUCUAUUGAAUGUCCAUUAAUGGCUGCUCUUAUUGAUUUGCAAUUCACAAAACUGGAAUUGCUUGCAUUGAGAACUACUAUAAAAGCCCGCAAUGACCAUCCAGAUUGGGAAAGUCUGUUCAAGUCAAUUGAAGAUGCGGAAUCAAAAUUAAACUCAGAAAAUAGAGGUUGCGUGUUACAAGAUAAUAAGUGGAUUUAUGAUUCUAAGUAUUAUGCAUCUAUUCAUACCUUAGCUACAAAUAUUGAGAGGCGAUCCAAUUCUGAUGUGUUUCAAAAAGCGGUGACUGCUGCAGUUUUCUUGAAAUUUUUGUCUGACAGAACCCUUUUUCUCAAUAAUAAUGAGAAAGCCCGUAGAUGCGUGUCUGAUUUGUUACUGAUGCAUAUUAUGACAAGUGCUACAAAUAUGCAUGGAUUGAGUACGAAUAUCGAGAAUGCAGAGGGCAACUUUGUAGAUGAGAUGAGUAUAGCAAGUGCUCCGUAUGCCUUUCACAGUCUUCUUAACCAUUCUUGUGCUCCGAAUGUGGUGCGGUUCAGUAAACUGGGUUCUGGGAAGAUGACUUUGUUUGCUCUCCGGCCAAUCAAGAAGGGAACACAAAUUUUUGAUAAUUAUGGAUCUCAUCACGCUCUCCAAGAUCUGAAGACGCGGCAAGAGAAUCUCAAAUUCCAAUACAAAUUCGUAUGCGUUUGCGAGGCUUGUGUCAAUGAUUGGCCCACUUACCUCACUAUGAAGAUGUCAUUCCGAAAGAAAGUUCCAGCAAACCUUGUCUUACGCAAGGAACAACUUUUGAAUCCCGCUAUUAUAGAUAAACUACAGAAAGGAGAUGUAGAUACGGCAGUGAAUAUAUUUAAGCCUCUCUGCGAGUUGACCGAGGUGUUGGACGCCUUUGCCCCUAACAUAGAACUAGCAGAUUGCCAAGAAACUCUUAAACAGUGUCUUGCAAUCUUUGGGGGACUAGUGCCUUAUGGAUAUAGUAAACUUGUUGAAUGGGACGCUAAAAUUAAUAAGCACGGUUGUAUUACCAAGUUUUUGAAGGGCACAUAUUUUUCUAAUUAAAAUAAGAACGUGUAUUGGCGACUAAUGCUUAGCGUCUUUGCUUUUAAAUUAUAGCUAUAAUUAACAUUGGUGAUUGAUAAGAAAAGUUGUGCCUUAAGUCAGUAAGCAAUCAAAGUGUUAUCUUACAUUAUUUGCAUGUAACAUCACUGUAAGAUUAUUUAUAAGUACAUAUAUAUUUUUAUAAAUGUUAUAGUAGGAAGUCAGAAAAAGCAAAUGUGUUUGAUAGUAUAAAAAAUAUUUUAUUGUUUAGUACAUACAUACUACAUUAUUAUGAAGGGAUCAUACCCUCGUAAGGCUCAAGGUCCUACCUAUAGUACUUAUUCAGUUCGAUGAAAUUUAAAUCAUAUAUAAUAGGCGGGUCCACACAGAGCGAGGUAUCGCUAUCGUGCCGAAGGUAACGCGCGCGCUGCCUCGGCUGAGGCACGUCUACAUGAGCCGUUUGCCGCGCGAGAGAAUUGCCUCGCGACGCUGCUCUCUCUGUGUGGACCUAAUUGGAAUAGAGUUACGUUUGAUUUGUUUCGUCUAAACAAUAUAAAAUCAACUCUUACUAUACUUUAUUUUAAUUUAGGUAUAGUCGCGGACUGAGGGUGUAUGCUGAUAGCACAACAAUUAAAGUCCGUGACUGUACAUAACGUAAAACCACCCAACUAUAUAAUUAAGUUUCAUUGGUGUUGCCUGAAUUUAUCAUUCCUUUUGUGAAAUUGAAUUGAACUGCGAAAUAAUAUUCAUACCUGAAGGAACAUAUUCGAGUUCCUAUUUGGGCCUUAGUUGUAAGCAUUUGCACUAUAAUUUUACGGUACCUACGGACUCAUUCACACGAAUCGCACGAGAGUUUAAAAGCGUCGGGCCAAAACGUGACGUUAGAAGUUCUGUACGCUAAAUUCGAUUUAACGGCCAACGCUCAAAGUCGAAAAUCCAACAACGCUCGAUAAUAAAGCGCCAGCGCAACGUGUGAAUAAGUAGGUACUUACAUUUGUGUCAAACAAACGGUUUUUUAACGUGCGUUGUAAAAGCGCUAGUGCAAAUGAGGCCUAAGUCAAGUAAUAUUAGGUCAUGUACUCGUACAUACCUACAGCGAGAUGUUUAUGAAAGAAUUGAAUUUAUUCAUAAACUGCGUAUGUACUUUUGCAGCCAUGUGUACAUUAUAUAAUGCAGCUGCUUCAGCAAGGAUAUGUAAAUAUGAGUAUGUAUUCAAUUCAAAACUUAUCCAAGUGCAUACUUAAUUACUUUGCAUCAUUCUAACUUUAAACUGUUUAAAGUAUUAGACACAUUAAUUAUUUCAUUAAAUUUAAGUCGAUAUAUUUAUACUGUAGUCAUAUAACUAAGAAUGAAAUAAUUAUAUGUGCUAAGUUUAUAAAAAAUACGUGUUUUGAGUUCAUAUCUUGCCUGUAACAGCAGGGUAUAUUUAAAAAUUUAAAAUUGAACCGUAAUAACAGCUAACACGUACGUACGGUAAGAUGAACUAAAGCACCAUAGCUAUUUUUGAGUACUAAAAUCUAUACAUAUUUCUGAAACUUCAAAGUAGUAUUGUCUAAGAUUCUGGUUUUUUUGUUUUUGUUAAUUAUUAUAAUACUUACUCCUCUGGCGCAGCGACCCUAAGUGUGUCUUGGCCUCCAACACUACUGCUCGCCACUGAUCCCGGUCCUGUGCAGUUUCUCGCCAGUCUUCAACCUGGAGCUCGUGUAGAUCCGUGUCCACCACUUCCGCCCAUCGAUACCUAGGUCGACCGGCCGGGCUGUCGGUUUUCCCUCAAACGCUCUUUUCACCGCCCGAUCGGUUCCCAUUCGCUCUAGAUGACCGAGCCACCGCAGCCUUUGCGCCUUGGUGACACCCAUGAUAUUUGGCUCAGGUACUAUCUGUUCGACUUCGACGUUUUUGCGGAGAGGAGAGGUCCAGGUGGCGACUAAGACCCUUGAGACAGAAGCUUUGAAAGUAGGCCUACGUAUAAACCACGAUAAGACUGAGUAUCUUCACAUGCGACGCUAAAAAACUGGUCGAGACAAACCUGCAGAUCUACGUGUUGGAGAUACUGUGUUUAAAGGGGUGUUUAAUUAUUAUAAUAAUUAUAAAAUGUUGAAAUUGA